GCCCACUUGAAAAGGACCGCCCCUCGGUUUCGCAAAGAAUUGUGCUUGGCUGAAGAGAUGCGUCAAACGCAACCGUUAUUAACAAGGUCCUUACCAUUCCUCACGCUAUCAUGGGCCGGUUGGGCUACCGCAAGUCUAAAAACGGGUGCCUAAGAUGCAAGAAUAGACGCGUCAAGUGUGAUGAGCAAGUGCCAUGUACUGCCUGCAAGAGGCACAGGGUCGAAUGCAGCCUUGAGCGGCCUGGCAGGGAAAGGCCCCAUGAGACGAGUCUUACUGGCCCUUCCAAGCCUCACAUGCGCUCCGAGCCUUCCAAUGUUCACAGCCUCCCUGUGAGCGGACAACCGCCUAAAGGAAACUCUUUCCCAAAAGCAUGCACCACAAUUGGCUUUUCUGAAUUAUGUCUCUUGGAUCUGGAGCUCAUGCAUCACUUCACGACUCAUACUUGCAUGAUGGGCCCCCCCGUGUUGGAUCCGUCUAUAUUCAGGGACGAGUUGCCACGUCUUGGCCUCCGAUACCCGUACCUUCUACAUCAGCUCCUCGCCCUAUCGGCAUUCCAUUGUGCCUAUCUGCGGACAAAAUCUCGCGAGAGGUAUCUGCUUCGCGGCUCAGAGCACCAAGCUCAUGCCAUCGCCGGCAUGCGCUUAGCCCUUGCAGGAAAGAUGACCGAGGAGAGCAGUUUCGCCCUGUUCAUGACCUCAGCUCUGCUGAUGACGAGCAGCUUUGCUUCACAUCUCAAGUAUCAACACAAUGAGGCGAUGCCGCCACUGGCUGGAAUGCUCGAAAUAAUGGCCCUAGUGCGAGGUUUGUCCGCAAUUGAGGCUACCACCCAUGCUGAAUUGCAGUUCAAUGUCUUGGACAAGCUAAAACAUCAGAACGGCUCUCAGCCCGGCUGGAAAGCACUCGAUCUAUUCAAAACGCAGCUUGCCGUCCUUCAGUCUCGAAUUUCCAAUCUGACUCAUGUCGAUAAUGCCACCACGGCUCUAUUAAACAAAGGCGCACAGUCGAUGCUAGACUGCGCAGCAAUGCCGGCCACUGCGAUGACGGGCGAGCUACACGUUGUGUUCACGUGGCUGAACAAAAUACCCGAGGACUUUUUUAAUUUGAUGCAGGCGCAGCACCCCGGAGCGAUGGUGGUGCUACUGUAUUAUGUAGUCGCGCUGCAGGAAGUUGAGACGCAAUGCUGGGUGUUAGAAGGCUGGAGCGCGCAACUAACCUCGAACAUCGCGGAUACGCUGUCCCCGCCUUGGACUGGGCUGGCACAAUGGGCGUUGAAUGAGUUAGGACACGCCAGCGGUUAAAUCAAACUGUUUAGGGUUAGUUUCGGAUUAAUUUAGCCUAGCCUAAGUUAUUAUACACAAGGUUUAUAUAUGGGGAUACGCUGCUUUUCAGCAGAUGCCUCUGUAGGCGGAUCCUCAAGUUCGUAAACUCUUUGGGCGAGCGGAAGGCACAAUACAUUAUCCUCAAAAGCAAUUGUGGCGGUUGGCAAUCUCUUUCGCAGCCUCCAUAGGCGGUAUACUUGACAGAUACACCCAUAAACCGGUUCUACAAGG